AUGAAGCUACUAUUUUCAACAACACGAAUCCCAUAUUGUCGAGAAUCAACUAAAAUUUCUCGUAAUCUUAAUUAUCCAUUAUGGCAUUUACAAGAUGUUCUAUUACCAUUAUUUCACAAAAGCCAUACAUAUGAUAGUUUACGUGAAACAAUUGUUAGUGCAAAUCAUGUUUGGUGCGCAUAUGAAUAUGGCAAAUGUGUUGGCUGUGCAUUGAUUACUGAUGUUGGAUCUAAUGGUGGACUUUAUAUGCUUCUAUUUGGGAUAAAAAGAUCAGAACAAGGUCGUGGAAUUGGUAAAUAUUUAUUAGAAAAUAUUAUAAGAUGGUCUCGUAUACAUGGAUACAAGUUUAUAUAUUUGCAUACAGAACAUAAUAAUACAAAAGCAAUUGGAAUGUAUCAAAAAGCAGGUUUCAGAAAACAAUUUUAUCAACCUGCUUAUAUGGAACAACUACCACAACUUGGAUCUAAUGUUAUACUGACCGAAACAGAAACUUCCCACGAAUCAGCGGAGAAAGAUGGUGACAACCAUAGCGGUUCAAAUGAAAAACCUGAAAAAGAUGGUGAAAGCAAUGGUGCUUCCGAUGAAAAACCUGAAAAAGAUGGUGAAAGCAACGGUGCCUCAGAGGAGAAACCUGAAAAAGAUGGUGAAAGCAACGGUGCCUCCGAAGAAAAACCUGAAAAAGAUGGUGAAAGCAACGGUGCCUCCGAAGAAAAACCUGAAAAAGAUGGUGAAAGCAAUGGUGCUUCCGAUGAAAAACCUGAAAAAGAUGGUGAAAGCAACGGUGCCUCAGAGGAGAAGCCUGAAAAAGAUGGUGAAAGCAACGGUGCCUCCGAAGAAAAACCUGAAAAAGAUGGUGAAAGCAACGGUGCCUCCGAAGAAAAACCUGAAAAAGAUGGUGAAAGCAACGAUCCUGGAUUCAACUUCGACUACAGAAAACUAGGCUUACCUGAAGAAGAAGCACGUGAAAAUUAUCCAUAUUAUUCUCCACUUGGAUGGUAUUGCCAUGAACUCAAUGUUCUUGAUAAUCUUGUUUUGCAAUGUCAAGUACAACCUAGCAAGUUCACAACUCAUACAAGUCUUGCUAGUGUAGGUGAAGCAUGCCGUAUUGUUGAUCCCAGUGCGAUACAACCAUAUGGAAUUUUGCUUAAAAAAGUAGAUUCAACUGAACAAGAAAGAGAAGAUUAA